AAUAAAUUGGUGAGCGCAGUGCAUACUCCAGCUUCCUCUGCGGGAUACUUCCCACAUCCUGACGUCAGGCCAACGUGUGUUGUUUUCUUCCCGUGCUGCCUCGCACCCAGACGCAGUCACACAGCAGCUCUUCAGAGGAAUCAGUCCACACCAAUAGCAGUCAAGAUGGUCACCGAGCCCCGCCCCCGUUAGAGAUGGCCUCCCCGGGCCCUCCGGCGCCUCUCCUGUGCUUCCUGCUGUGGGUGUUGGUGGCGCCCCAGCGCUCCGAAAUGUGCCUGGCGUACGUGACGCACGACAGUUUCUUCUACUACUCGUGCAGCCAGGAGCCGCACGCGUGCAGUGCGGCGUCGCUGGCAGCCUGCCGCUGCAGGAGCAUCCCGCUGUCAACUCUGCAGCCCCCUUUGGCGACGCCCUACUCCUCGCCUGUGUUCCGCAUGCGGCGCCUGACCGUGUGGUACACGUCGCCCUGGAACACCGCCCGCCUGCUCAACAACUCAGAGGUGCACCACCUCACCCUGAUGGACUGCAGCGGCGGACCCACGCCCUCUCUGGAGGGACACUUCACAGUGCAGCACCUGGAGCAACUGAGCAUUAUCGACUUCCCGCAAAUGACCCAAACCAAGAUGGACUCCGAGAGCGACAACGACCUCCAUUUUGACGUCGACAGGUGGAAGUGGCGGGCCGCGUCCCAAGUGCAGGACAUCUUCCUGGGCCGUGAGUUGGGGGCGGCGUUCCACGAGCAGGCCCGGCUUGGCGUUAUCCACGGUUCGGUGCUGCGGGGUGGCGCGGCGGGCGUCAAGGUGUACACGGUGCAGACGCACAUCGACAACGAUGGCACGCUGCCAUUCCCCGACCUGCGGCUGCCCAAACUGCCGGUAACUUCCGUCAUCUACGUCAGCUUCGUGUACAGGAGGGAGCAGCACGAGGACUGAACUCACACAAUGCAACCACCACAUCAUAACUGUAACAUACAGACAUAAUAAACACUCAUGAAGCAACACCUAAGAAUCCUACUCAUUGUGCAUUGUCCAAGCAAGAAUCCUGUUGAUUUUCAAGGAUCUCUAACCACAGGUGUUGCAGAUGAGCAAUAAUUAAUCAUAAAUAAUUUUGGAAUAAGUAUAGGCCCCGGUGCUGUCAGCUAGCAGAAAGUCAGAUAUCACAAAUAGGUACAAGUUCACAAUUUUCAAGCACUCUUGAAAGACCAAGGAUAUUCUUUCAAGUACUGAGCAAGAACCCUAUUGAUUUUGAAAUAUAUAAAUAUAACACCAGGGGUUAUUGCUAGCAAAAGAGAAAAAGUCAGUUAUGUACAUGUUCCUUCUACUUAAACCUGAAGCCAUCUUCAGACCAAUGACUAUUUAUUUAUUCACUUUAGUUAUUUUUGGCAUAGUUUAUUUAGAUACUGUAUGUAUGUAUUAAUUUGUUUCUUUAUUUACUCAAUAAUUCUAAUUUAUUCCAUAAAACAAAUAAUACAUAAUUGAUUCAUUUUAAAACAGAAAAAUAAAUUACACAAUUAAAAAAUAAAAUACAAUUAUAAUAUUUUAUUAAUGUUGGUUAAAUACUGUAAAUUGGUUACUUAAGAUGAAAUUAAUUUUAAAAAAUAGGACUAAUAUUAUUGAUUAAAUAAUGUAUUUUACAUAAAUAUUUACCUUUAAAAUUUUACGAAUGACUUCCUUCCCUCCUCCGAGUUCGACUGUUGCUUGAUGCAACGUGUCAGAAACCUCAAAGCACCACCAGGUGGCAGCAGAGCCGCGUGAGCUUCAAGCAGGCCUGAACACACAAGGUCAGCACGGUCAACCUCGUGGUUAAGCGCGUGUGUUGCACAGUGCUGAGGUUGAGGGUUUGAAUCUCGGCCCUUGCUGUGCGGGGAGCUUGCGCACCGUUCAUAUGUGGGUUUUCUCCAGGUUCUUGGGCUUUCUCCCACAUUAGCUAAAUACGCAGGUUAGGUUCAUCGAGGAGUAAAUUGUCCGGGUGUGAAUGUGACUGUGAAUGGUCCGUUUGUCUAUGUGCCCUGGCAUCUACUAGCAACCAGUCUAGGGUGUAGGUGCCCCACUCCUCAAUCCAAAUCAGCUGGGAUAAACUGUGACGCGCGACGUGGAAUUGCACGCACCUGCUGCCCGAGACGCGCACAUUAUUAGCAUGACAAACGUGCUAAACGUGCUCGCUGAUGCCGCCUGUUGAUCUUGCACCUGACAGGUUCAACCAAGCCACAUUUGCGUAAGCGUUCAUAUGCAACACAAUUGCAAGUUGACUUUAUUAACGCUCAUUACGGCCGCAGAUGUAAAUCGGCACAGAUUUGCCCGUCUCGCGGCCACUAAAACGGGUUUAUCAUCAGACGUUAUUGUUCGGCGGCCUCCUUGCGGGCGACGCGGCCAUGUUGGUCUUUUGAAAAGGGCAAAUCAGCCAUAAUUCAGUUUAUAAACGGCGGCGGGCGAGGAGGAGGGGGGGGCGAGGAGAGAGAAAUGCCUGCAUGAAUAUUCACGAGGGCCUCAAACUGCCGCGGCCGGUGAUUCAUUAGGCAUAUGUAAAUAUCACUCACUUUAAUUGCCCCUAAACCGACUCAACAUAAUGUUACCAUUAGCAAAUUAUUACUUAUUUGUGAUCCUAAACGCUGCACAGAGACCAAGCCAUUGCAAUUGCAAUGAUUUUUAUUCACUGACAACCUCUGUCACUUGUGUGUAUGUGUGUCUAUCCCACCUUUAACGUGGGCUACAUUUGUCUCUGUAGGGACAUUUUGGCUGGUUAAAAUGCUAGCGUAAAAAUGCUAGCAUGAGCUUAGAUUCCACAUUCAACAUCCUGGGUUUUUGUCUUUCUAUGGAUGUGGGCACAACCCAGAACAACCCACCUUUACUGUCGAGAAGUUUAGAUUCAAAUUUCUUUGUGGGGACAUUUUUAAGUCGUCAAAAAGAAAAAAAGCUAACAUUAGCUAAUUUUCCAUAUUUGUAUGUGUGUAUGUUUUCCUGUCUUUCUGUAUUUGUGGGUAAAACCUUUGCCAAUCCACCUUUACUGGGCAAACUUUUGUCAAGAAAAAAGCUAACAUGUGGGUGGGGGCUUUUUAAUUUGUCUUUUUUAUUGUAUUUUAUUUUAGAAAGUUCCAUAAAGGACAUUUUGGAUGGUUAAAAUACUAGCAUGUUAGCGUUCCCUAUUAAACUGUACUGUAUGUGUGUUCA